GAUGGGUGGUGAUGGAAGGGGUGGUUUAAAGCUUAUAAGGGGGAUAGCUUCAAUUAGGUCGUUCUGUAUAAGAAGAAGAAUCAUGUGGUUCCAUGUGGAGAACAUGCCCCAAAGUAACUAGGGUACACUUGGCACCAUCCGAUUGAAUUAUUCCCCAAUUCCCUCGGAGGCCUUCUGUGAAAUUGUCCUGUGGGCCCUACUCUAAUCCUUAAUGGCCACCAACCCAAACCUUCCAUAUAAAUCCCCCCUCAUCCUUCAAUUUCUGAUACAGGGUUUUGUUUCUAUCACAAUUCACAACCAAAUUUGGCACUUGAAUUAGCAAGGCAAAAAAGGAUAAUUAGUUCUUGCUUGAAAUCAAGUUUUUAAUCAUGGCUUCUCAUCAGCAUCCCCUCUUUGUUUCCCUUAAUUUGAAGAGUAUGGUCCAAGAACAUGAGGAAAAGUCCUACUCAGAUGGGGCGUUGUGGAACAAUGUUCUUCAAGGAACAAGACAGAGGGUGAUGACGACCACCACCAAGAGAAGUGGAGUGGUUUUGAAGAACAAGAAGAGAGCAGAUGGUAAAAGGAUUCUGAAGAAGAGAAGGAGAAGCCUCCAAUUUGGAGCAAGAAGGGAAAACAAUGGGAUCCGAAGAAGGGUGAGAACCUUGAAGAGACUGAUUCCGAAUAGUGAUUCCAAAUCCGUUGGGGGUUUGGACGGACUAUUCAGGGAGACAGCUGAUUACAUUUUGUCUUUGCAAAGUAGAGUCACGCUCAUGCAGAUGAUGGUUAAGGCAUUGGCAGAUUCUGAUGAGUAGUCACUCAUUCAUUUCUGUAAUUAAAGAAUAGUAUUCUUUGCUUCUUUUAAUUUACUUUUUAUUUAUUCUUACUGUUUAAUCUCUUGUGAUUUAUAAAUAUAGAAGCUUGUUUCUAAA